UUCCCCAAGGUGUGUAAGGGCACCGAGGAAAAGCGAGGGGUCUUGACGCCAGGAAGGCGCCAUCUUGGUUAAGGGAAGGAGUAGGGUCCCUACGGACUUGGCAGAGGAAAGACAGUAAAGCGCCGGCAUCUCCACUUUCCCCGGAAGCCUCUCUUUACCAGGCAGAAAGGGUUUCCCAUGGGGCCGCCCCUGGCGCCGCGACCGGCCCAUGUAACCGGGGAGACCCGGCCUCGGCGCACGCGGGAAAGCAGGUCGGGAGCCGUGAGCUUCGCGGACGUGGCCGUGUACUUCUCCCUCGAGGAGUGGGGCUGCCUGUGGCCCGCGCAGAGGGCCCUGUACCGGGACAUGAUGCGGGAGACCUGCGGCCACCUGGGCGUGCUGGGAUUUUCAGGCCCCAAAUCCGCUUUUAUCUCUUGGGUGGAAGAAGAAGUGGAAGCGUGGAGCCUGGAGGUCCAGGAUCCCGAGAGUGAGAGCUCUGGAACUGUCAGCAGAGGCCAGGGACAGAAAGCAGGAUCCAGGGAUGGGAAUGAGGAUAAGGAAAGGGUGAAGAACUGUCCAAAACAAAAAGAGGUGGCGCAUGAAGUGGCUCUCAAGGAGUGGUUGCCCAGCGCCACCUGCCCAGAGCUCUGCAGCAGCCCCAGGCAGAGCCCCAUGAAGCCCUGGCUUAAGGACACUGUGACCUGAAGACCGCCCUACUCUUGCCUAGAUUGUGGCCGCAACUUUAGCUACCCUUCCCUCCUAGCCAGCCACCAGCGGGUCCACUCCGGGGAGCGGCCCUUCCCCUGCACCCAGUGCCCGGCGCGUUUCUCCCAGCGCAAGUAUCUGCGCCAGCAUCAGUACAUCCACACCGGCGAGAAGCCCUACCCCUGCCCGGACUGCGGGCGCCACUUCCGCCAGAGAGGUUCCCUCGCUAUCCACAGGCGGGCUCACACUGGGGAGAAGCCCUACGCGUGCCCGGACUGCAAGAGUCGCUUCACUUACCCCUACCUGCUGGCCAUCCACCAGCGCAAGCACACCGGCGAGAAGCCCUAUAGCUGCCCCGACUGCAGCCUCCGUUUCGCCUACACCUCGCUGCUGGCCAUCCACAGGCGCGCACACACGGGCGAGAAGCCCUACCCCUGUCCAGACUGCGGCCGCCGCUUCACCUACUCUUCCCUCCUCCUCAGUCACCGGCGCAUUCACUCCGACAGCCGGCCUUUCCCCUGCGCGGCAUGUGGGAAAGCCUUCAAGCGCAAGUCUGCCCUGGAAGCCCACCAGUGGAUCCACCACUCCUGCAGUGAGAGGCGCGGGUGGCAGCAGGCAGCGGUGGGGCUUUCAGAGCCCGUCCACGUUUUGGGAGGCCAGGAUCCUCCAGUUCACUUCCGGCACUUUCCAGAUAUAUUUCAAGAGUGUGGGUGAUGGCGUUCUCACAAACUGGUCAGCGUUUUCUCUGGAGAGGAAGAGGCCAGGUUUGUGCAUUGACGGAUAAGGAAAGGAAGUGGGCGUUUAAGGAAAACAGAGUUCUGCCUUAGGGAAAAAGCAGAGGUGAGGGCACAGAGGACUGUGAGGAGGAGGAGGCAGGAAUCUGAAAAGGUGCCUGGGGGCUGACCCAUUUCCUGAACCUCCUGCACACAGGCCCCUUGUUCCCCAUCCCACUUGGGAUUCCUUCACUGAAAACCAUUCACUUAACUGGCUUUUUCUUCUGGAUUGUUCUCUCUCUUGGAGCGGUCUACUUUUUGGCCUGUAUUUCUCCUACUCCUCUGAGAUGGAGUCCCCUACAUUCCAGUGUCUAUUAAAGGACCCACUCUGGAUCCUCUAGAAUAGAGGGGAUACCUCGGGCCUGUCCCUCCUGAGGGGAAGCUCAUCCCACGAUUCUGUCUUUUACCAAUGCAGGUGAAACAUCUGGCAAGUAGACACCUGGAGUGCAGGUGUUGCUUGGUUGAAGACCUACAGGUGGCCAUAGAGAGGACAGCAGCCUCAGGUGGGGAACUCUCCGCACCACUCUCAUUCUGCACAUAGUGCACAAACCAUCAAACCUAAUGAACUCUGGAAUUGGGCCAGUCCUUCACUGUAUGGAUUAGUGAUUGCAGCGUUUUUUUCUUCCUCAGAUAUUUGCAUGUUCACUGGAUUUUGUGUUUUUUGAUAAAGAUGUAUUCUUUGGCCCCGGUAGCUGUAAAUAUAAUGCUGGAGGAU